UAAGUUUAGAAUAUAUAAGAGGCUAAUUUUAAGAGUAUGAAGAUAUGCAGGGGCUGAGAUGUCUCUGGUAUUGCAAUAUAACUAUUUUCUAAAGUCUACAAGAUGAGAAGGGUGAAAACUCUUUAUGCAACAACACUUCUGCAUUACCGUUCACCAGGUUCAUGGAGAGGCAGCCGAGCUCGGGAAGUACCAAGAACUGUUCUACAUAUUAUUCUUCGUCUUAUCUCUCCUCCUUGCCUUUUUUUCCCGUAUAAAGUGUCUAUCCCUCCAACGCCGGGUUGACUAUAUAUGUUGGCAGUCAUGGAAGUCGAGGACAUCUAUAUGGACCUGGACACUGACAGAGAGGUAAGGUACUCUAGAGUAGCGUCAGGGGCUAAUUAAUGGCGGGGCGCGGGAUUGGUU